GUUAGGAACCCGGGGGGAGGAGCAGCAGGAGCAGGAGGAGGAGGGUGGGCUUCAUCCCGAUGUUUUCCCACCGUGGAUCCUUCAUCCAGGCCCUGCUGUGAUGCCUUCCCGGGCCGCUGGCAGUUCUCUCCCUGCAGCAGGAAGCAGGCCGGAACGGAAGGGUUAGGCUGACAGCAGCUCCCCUUCCCCGGAUCUGGAGCGCUCCCAGCCCGCCUGGAGGAGUAGGAUGGAGCCGGUGAGGCCUGCGGAGCUCCGCCAUUAGAGAGCCGAUCAGAGGUUUGGGCCCUUUCCUCUCAGCGGGUUAUUCGCCUGUCGUCUCCGUCCACCUGGACAGAUGAAUGGACUAACUGAUGCGUCCUCUCUCCUUCCUUUAGUUCUUACCCCUCCUGCCUCUUCCUUGUUACGCCAUGAUGGAGUUCUGGUGGAGUCACACACCUGCUGAGCUAAGGAAUGCCACAGUUUGGAUCCUGACUCCCAGAGGUUUAUGACAGUGGAACAGUUCUAGACAAACUGACAUGAAGCUUUGGAUAAGAACUCAUUAGAGGUUUUCUCCAUUCAACCAUCUGAAUGAGAUGAACCUGAGAACUCCUCUCUGUCUGCACCAAAGACUUCUUUUUUUCUCUUGAACCUUCUCCGCCAACCUCCACCAUUCGCCCAUCCCUCACAACCGCGGUCCUCCCCCCUCACCCCCGUCCCCAGUCACCCUUGAACUCCUCUGCCCCGUCCUCCCCUCUUCAUCAUCACCACAGCCCCCAAUCUCCCCACCUCCACCAGCUCUCCUCACCUCCCACUUUCUCCUACGCCUCGGCCACGGGGAUGGCGGCGGCUGCUACCGCCUCUUCCUCCUCGCCACCGCUCCAAGCAUCCGCGGUACCCAACGGUAGUGCCCGCGAGCACCUGCAGGCGGUGAGGCGCCGCACCCCGCACAGUCGGCCAUACACGGUGGGGCCGGACAACUUGGGCAGUCUGUCUGUGCAAGUUGCAUCCGUGUCCUCAACGUCCUCGUCGUCAUCGGCUUCCUCCUCUUCCGGGGCCCAACCAGAAUCAGCCGGGAUGGGACUCCAGCGGGCCAAUAGCGACACGGACCUGGUGACCUCUGAAAGCCGCUCCUCGCUCACCGCCUCCACCUACCAGCUGACUCUAGGCCAAGGCCACCUGGUGAUCUCGUGGGACAUAAAGGAGGAGGUGGACGCCACAGACUGGAUCGGCCUGUACCACAUCGAUGAAACAAGCGUGGCCAACGUCUGGGAGUCCAAGAACCGCGGGGUGAAUGGUACCCAGAAGGGACAGGUUCUGUGGAGGCUGGAGCCAGAGCCCUACUUUAUGGAGGCUGAGACAAAGAUCUGUUUCAAAUAUUAUCACGGCGUGAGCGGAGCAUUAAGAGCAACAACUCCUUGUAUCACUGUGAAGAACCCAAGAGUACCGGUGAGGAGCGAAAGCCAAGCGGACGAGCAGUCGGGAGGCGAGCUUUGCAGAAAACUGGUCAGCUUCACGCUAUCAGACAUCCGGGCCGUGGGGUUGAAGAAAGGGAUGUUUUUUAACCCCGACCCCUACCUGAAGAUGUCCAUCCAGCCCGGGAAAAGGAGCGGCCUCCCCAAAUUCACUCACCACGGCCAGGAGAGGCGCUCUACCAUCAUAGCCAACACCAUCAGCCCUGUGUGGCACGGGGAGAAGUACACCUUCGUGGCUCUGAUGACAGACGUGUUGGAGAUUGAAGUGAAGGACAAGUUUGCCAAAAGCCGACCGAUCAUCAAGCGCUUCCUGGGUCAGCUGGCCGUCCCCGUGCAGAGGCUCCUAGAGGGGCCGCCAGAGGACCAUCAGGUCAGCUACAGCUUGUGUCGCCGCCUGCCGACCGACCACGUCAGCGGCCAUCUGCAGUUCAGAGUGGGCAUCACGUCCAGCGGACAUGAAGAUGCCAUGGGAACCAUCCUGGGCAGCGGAGACCCCGGCAGCCCGUCUGAUGAUGAAGACCUCCCUCAGGCCUCUUCGUCCUCCCGUGUCACGGGCGAGUCCUCCCCCACCGGUUCCGACGACGGCCCCCUGUUGGUGAAUGGCCUUUGUUGCUACGGAGACGACAGUGUGUGGCAGGAGCACGGACACAUGGGAGGCGGUGAUCUGCCCGCCGCCGCUCCAGGGGUCCACACCAGUCGGCAGGUGUCCCUCAACGACUACCUGGACGCCAUCGGGGCCCCGUCGGGUCCUGGGGACCGGCCCUCGCCAGCACCGUUGCCCAAACUGCGCUCCAGCUUCCCGACGGACACGCGGCUCAACGCCAUGCUGCACAUCGACUCUGACGAGGAUGAGGAAACGGCGGGGCAGCAGAGGGAGCAGUCACAGGAGAGGACAGAAGCGAGCGGAUCGGCGGCGCCGCAGAGCGAGGGUUCGAAGGAGGGAGCCGGAGCGGCAGCAGAGGAAGGAUCUUCUGCUACUGCUCAGCCUGCAGCCGAACCUCUAGAGGCUGGAAAUGAAGGAGCAGCUGAAGAGGACGAUCAGGGCUCUGCUCCAACCGGGGCGUCAGUGGGCGGAGCUGAGGAGGCGUCCGGGGCCUCAGCUGGGCUGACUGAAUCCUCCACAGGUACCAACUCUUCCCAGACGCCUGGAGCUGAGGCCACUGCUGCCGGUCCACCGGGGGGCGCCGUUCCAGAAUGUUCCUGUCAGGACCAGAGCAGCAGGAUGGGAACCUGUAGCUCCUCCCUCGGUCCACUUUCACCCAUCCAAGAGGUCGAAGUGAGGAAAGAGCUCGCUCCGAAAGCGGAGGAGGAAGGGGCGGAGUCGUCGAGCAGCGAGGCGAACGGCCCGGCGGGAGCAUCGGCUCCGAGCGGCAGCAGAGGAGGAGGGGGAGGAGCCAGUUCUGAGGCUGAGGGCAUGAGGGCUGAAGGCGGGGAUGAAGAAGGGGGGCGCAAAGGAGCAGAGGUCUGGAGGAGGCAGUCCAUGCAGGCAUCUGGAGGCCAGCCUCAGCACCAGCAGGGGCCCGGGGCCAGACCCAGUGAAGGGAGGUCAACAAUGGCGGAUGAAGAGAUUGGGGCCACGGCUCAGGUGAACAGCCAUCCUUCUGUGCGAUCGCUGCCCUCCGUCCGCCACGACAUCAGCCGCUAUCAGAGAGUGGACGAGCCGCUGCCACCUAACUGGGAGGCUCGCAUCGACAGCCACGGACGCGUCUUUUACGUGGAUCACGUCAACAGAACCACGACGUGGCAGCGUCCCACCGCUCCCCCCGCCCCGCAGACCCUGCAGAGGUCCAGCUCCAUACAGCAGAUGGAGCAGCUGAACCGCAGGUAUCAGAGCAUCCGGAGGACGAUAACCAACGACAGCAGACAUGAGGAGCCGCCGGCUGGCGAGCUGAUCGGGGAUGAGACCGACAUGCAGCCGUCUGUUCCAGAGCUCCGGAGGGAGAACAGCGCGGCUCCAGCUGGCGCCAGGUCCCGGAUCUCCCUGCUGCUUCAGUCCCCCAGCGCCAAGUUCCUCACCAGCCCCGACUUCUUCACUGUGCUGCAUUCCAACCCUAGUGCCUACCGCAUGUUCACCACUAACACCUGUCUGAAGCACAUGAUCAGUAAGGUCCGCAGAGACGCGCACCACUAUGAGCGCUACCAACACAACCGCGACCUGGUGGCGUUCCUCAACAUGUUCGCCAACAAACAGCUGGAGCUGCCCAGAGGCUGGGAAAUGAAGCACGACCACAGCGGCAAGCCUUUCUUCGUGGACCAUAACUGCCGUGCCACGACCUUCAUCGAUCCUCGCCUUCCCGUUCAGAGCUCGCGGCCCAGCGUUUUAGCUCACCGCCGACACCUGACCCGGCAGCGCAGCCACAGCGCUGGGGAGGUCAGCCCUCGGCAGCUGGCGGGUGAAGAUACGCGUCAUCCUGGUCCUCCCGUCUUGCCACGCCCAUCCAGCACCUUCACCUCCUCCAGCAGAGGGCAGUGCCAGGAGGUUGUCCCUGUGGCCUACAACGACAAGAUUGUGGCUUUUCUUCGACAACCCAACAUCUUUGAGAUCCUGCAGGAGAGACAGCCGGACUUCAGCCGAAACCACGUACUCAGGGAGAAGGUCCAGCUGAUCCGCACAGAUGGAGUGUCAGGACUGACCCGGCUGUCUGGAGACGCCGACCUCGUCAUUCUGCUGAGUCUGUUUGAAGAUGAAGUGAUGUCUUACGUGCCUCCUCAUGCCUUACUCCUCCCCAGCUACUGCCCGUCAUCUCGGGGGUCCCCCGUUUCCUCCCCACAGAACUCCCCAGGAACUCAGCGAGCCAACGCCAGAGCCCCAGCUCCUUACAAGAGAGACUUUGAGGCUAAACUGCGCAACUUCUACAGGAAACUCGAAACCAAAGGCUACGGCCAAGGCCCCGGGAAGCUAAAACUGAGUAUCCGUCGAGACCACCUCCUGGAAGACGCCUUCAAUCAGAUCAUGUGCUACUCCAGGAAAGACCUGCAGCGAAGCAAGUUCUAUGUCAGCUUUGCCGGAGAGGAAGGCUUGGACUACAGCGGGCCUUCGAGGGAGUUCUUCUUCUUGGUUUCUAGGGAACUCUUCAACCCAUAUUAUGGUCUGUUUGAAUAUUCAGCCAACGACACGUAUACCGUUCAGAUCAGCCCCAUGUCCGCCUUUGUAGACAAUCACCAUGAAUGGUUCCGCUUCAGCGGCCGCAUUCUGGGUCUAGCUCUGAUCCACCAGUAUCUGCUGGAUGCCUUCUUCACCAGACCCUUCUACAAAGGCCUCCUCCGCAUCCCCUGCGACCUGAGCGACCUGGAGUACCUGGACGAGGAGUUCCACCAGUCCCUCCAGUGGAUGAAGGACAAUGACAUCGAAGAGAUGCUGGACCUCACCUUCACCGUCAACGAGGAAGUGUUUGGACAGAUCACAGAGCGGGAGCUGAAGCCUGGUGGAGGGAACAUCCCGGUGUCAGAGAAGAACAAGAAGGAGUACAUCGAGCGGAUGGUGAAGUGGAGGAUAGAGCGGGGAGUGGUUCAGCAGACGGAGAGCCUGGUCAGAGGCUUCUAUGAGGUGGUGGACGCCAGGCUGGUGUCUGUGUUCGAUGCCAGGGAGCUGGAGCUGGUGAUCGCUGGGACGGCCGAGAUCGACCUGUCAGACUGGAGGAACAACACCGAGUACAGAGGAGGUUACCAUGACAACCACAUUGUGAUCCGGUGGUUCUGGGCGGCCGUGGAGCGCUUCAACAAUGAGCAGAGGCUUCGUCUGCUGCAGUUUGUGACGGGGACGUCGAGCAUUCCGUACGAGGGCUUCGCUGCGCUGCGCGGCAGCAACGGACCGCGGCGGUUCUGUGUGGAGAAGUGGGGGAAGAUCACCUCACUGCCCAGAGCUCACACCUGCUUCAACCGCCUGGACCUGCCGCCGUACCAGUCCUUCUCCAUGCUCUAUGAGAAGAUGCUGACUGCCGUGGAGGAGACCAGCACCUUCGGACUGGAAUAGUCGGCCCGUCUUCAUCUGUUCCAUCCCCGGUUGGUGAAGACGGGCGGCCAUGUUGGGAGCGGCGAUUGGUCAGCCUUUAAUGGCUACAUCACUGCCUCUGAAACCCGGAGAACCAGUUCAAAGCUGGUAGCGGUUGACGAUUGGUUGGUUCGCUAACACGCAGUUCAAAGACUCUGCCAGUAGAGGGACACUGCGGCACAAAUCAGGACCAGCCUUCUAAGGAGAUCACUUCUUUACGUUGCAAUUGUCCUUGUUUUGCACGCUUUCACAACCGAAGCACUACACUGCCCUGGGAUCCGAUGUCAGAGCUAGCCUGAUCCGAUCCGACCCGUCAGAGACCCGAUUCAACACAAGGAGAGAACUGACUUUUCCUCCUAAACUGAAGGAAGAACGUACCUUGUUUAGUUUCUUUUUUUUUUUCUACCAGAAUGCCGAUCAAAGCACAGACUUCAGCUCCCUCUUGUGGCCCGUUUAGGAACUUUUUGUGUAGACAGCGCGAUUUUUCUGACAUCGCUACAGCAUUGGAGGGAUUUUUUCAACUGAAGUUGAAGCGAACAGCCAAUUUUAAAGCUUAGUUCAGAGGGUUUUUUUGUUUUUAUCAGAAUGCCGAUCAAAGCUCCACCGAGUUUAGCUCCCUCUUGUGGCCAGUUUAGGAACUUUUUGCAUAGAUGGCGCCGUUAUUUGGACAUUGCUAUGCUAUUGUAGGAAAUUUUUCAACUGGCCUUAAAGUGAACAGCUGAUUUUAAAACCUAUUUCAAAGUUUUUUUUCUUUUUUAGCAGAAUUCCAAUCAAAAUACCACCGAGUUCAGCUCCCUCUUUUGGUAGGUUUAGGAAUUGCGUGCCUACACGGCGCCGUUUUUCUGACAUUGCUAUGCUAUCGGUGGGAAUUUUUUCAACUAACCUUAAAGCUAGCAGCUGAUUUUAAAUCCUAGUUUGGAUUUUUUUUUCUUUUACCAGAAUGUCGAUCAAAGCACUGAGUUCAGCUCCCUCUUGUGGCGGGUGUAGAAACUGCACACGUAAACUGCGCCUUUUUUCUGACCGUGCUAUGCUCUCAGUGGAAAUUUUUCAACUGACCUUGAAGCGAAUAGCCGAUUUUAAAGCCUAGUUUGAGGUUUUUAUAUCAAAUUGAAGUAUUUUCAUCGAUGGACGGCGUUUAUUUUGUAAUCGAUGGAGACUUUUCGCGAUCUGAAUGUAACCAACCUUAAUGUUUUUUUUCCCUCUCAGAUCUGCAUCAAGUCAUUUGAUAAAAGUAAAACCUACUUUCUAAGGUUUAAACUGCCCUCCUCCCAGUGGACUAUAACAUAUCAAGAGUUAACAGUAACCAAA